AUGAUGGCCAAGGAGCAGAAGCUGUCCAGGUGGUACUUCGGGGGCAUCGCCUCCGCCAUGGCCUGCUGCUGCACGCACCCCCUGGACCUCCUCAAGGUCCAGCUGCAGACGCAGCAAGAAGGGAAGACUUCGGUGAUACGCUUAACCGUAAACAUUGUCAAAAAGCAGGGGGUUACCGCACUUUACAACGGCCUAUCCGCCUCGUUAUUGCGCCAACUCACGUAUUCAACGACUCGGUUCGGAAUUUACGAAAGCGUGAAGCAACUGAUGGACAAAGACAGCAGUUUUUCGGCGCGGGUGGCGCUCGCGGCCUUUGCAGGCUCCGCUGGCGGGCUGGUGGGAACCCCCGCCGAUAAGAUCAACGUCCGGAUGCAAAACGACAUCAAACUGCCCCUCGACAAGCGCCUAAACUACAAACACGCCCUCGAUGGCCUUUUGCGCGUCUACAAGGAGGAGGGGAUUCCCCGGCUCUUCUCCGGCGCCACUGCUGCCACCUUCCGCGCGGCUUUGAUGACCAUCGGGCAGCUCUCUUUCUACGACCAGAUUAAAAAGACUCUCUUAACUACUGACUAUUUUGAGGAUAACUUGACGACUCAUUUCGUUUCUAGUCUUACUGCGGGGGCUAUUGCUACCACCCUGACGCAACCUCUAGACGUGCUCAAAACUCGUACAAUGAAUGCCAAGCCGGGCGAGUUUAAGGGAAUGUGGGACAUUGUUCUCUAUACUGCCAAAUUAGGACCGUUAGGGUUUUUCAAAGGAUACGUACCGGCCUUUGUUAGAUUGGCGCCCCAGACGAUUCUUACCUUCGUUUUUCUGGAACAGUUGAGGUUCAAUUUUGGGUAUUUCCCCGAGAAAAUUCAAUAAGUGGUUUAGGGUAUUUGACCCUCUGAGAGGACAUUAGGUUAAGUAAAAAAAUUUUGAUUGAGUUUAGGGGAAGCCCCCAGUUAAGUUUUUCGGUGAUAAUGCUGCAAUAUUCUUUUACCACGUUAUGUAAUGCUGUCUUUAUUGUUUUUAUUUAUUUUUGAGACUAAAACUUGUUAAAAUUAUUUAUAUAUUUUUAUAACAUUAUUUUCCCAAAAUAAAAAAUAUCGCAAUG